CAAACCCCUACGGAUCUAUAUUCUGUGGCGGAAGAUACCCUACUCGCAUCGACAAUCCCGUCGUGCUUGGUCGUUGCCAAAGUGAAUGAGGAUGUUGGCUAGCUAAUUGCUGGAGUUCAGGUGAAAGGAGUUUGUGUUUAGAGAUUGACUCAGAAGUACUGAACCAACACAGUUAGCUUGAUAACUUACUGAAUCAACUACAUGUCACUUUUUGGAAAAACAUGACGACGAUGACCCAUCCUCGGCCAAACGAGUUCAUUCCUCCACCGGAGUGUCCUGUCUUUGAGCCCAGUUGGGAGGAAUUUGCCGACCCAUUUGCGUUCAUCAACAAAAUACGACCAAUAGCUGAGAAAUCUGGUAUCUGCAAAAUCCGACCACCACAGGGAUGGCAGCCUCCAUUUGCCUGUGAUGUCGACCGCCUGCAAUUCACUCCCCGCAUCCAGAGACUCAACGAGCUAGAGGCCCAGACAAGGGUGAAGUUGAACUUCCUGGAUCAGAUUGCGAAGUUCUGGGAGCUGCAGGGAUGUACACUGAAGAUUCCGCACGUGGAGCGCAAGAUACUGGACCUGUACGAGCUCUACAAGCUGGUGAGGGAGGAGGGGGGUUUCGAGGUGGUGUGUCGUGAGCGGCGCUGGACUAAGAUCUCCUUGAAGAUGGGCUUUGCUCCAGGGAAGGCGGUCGGAUCGCACCUCAGAGCCCACUACGAACGGAUCCUGUUCCCAUACCAUCUCUUCCAGUCAGGAGCCAACCGCCCUGACUCCCAGAAGCCCACCCUGACCAACGACACCAAAGAUCAGGAGUACAAGUCACAUGACCUCCCCCAGAGGCAGUCGCUGCCCCCCGUCGCCGACACCUGCUCCAUCGCACGCCGCGCCAAGCGCAUGCGGACAGAGGGCGGCUACAUGAAGGCGGAGCUGGAUGAGGAUUGUGAGAACAGGCCCAACCUGCGGAGGAGAAUGGGCUCAUAUGUAGCCAAGACAGAACCAGGUAACACACCUGUGGACCUGGCAGAACCAGUGAAAAUGAUGGAAGUGCAGGUGAAACAGGAGCCGGAGGAGAUGAACACUUCAGGAGAAGGAGAGAAGUCAAAGGUGGAGCAGUACAUGUGUCUGGUGUGUGGCGGAGGCGGGGAUGAGGACCGGCUGUUGCUAUGCGAUGGUUGUGAUGACAGCUACCACACCUUCUGCCUAAUCCCGCCCCUUCCAGACGUCCCCAAGGGGGACUGGAGAUGCCCCAAGUGUCUCGUACAGGAGUGUGGUAAGCCGCAGGUGGCGUUCGGCUUUGAGCAGGCGUCCAGGAACUACACGCUGCGCAGCUUUGGAGACAUGGCAGACUCUUUCAAGUCGGACUACUUCAAUAUGCCCGUACACAUGGUGCCAACUGAGCUGGUUGAGAAGGAGUUCUGGCGCCUGGUGAGCACCAUUGAGGAGGACGUGACCGUAGAGUAUGGAGCGGAUAUCGCCUCGAAAGACUUUGGCAGCGGAUUCCCCAUCACCACCAGCACCUAUAAGGUUACAGAAGAGGAGGAGCCCUACCUGCGUAGUGGGUGGAACCUGAACAACAUGCCGGUUCUGGAUGCAUCAGUUCUGACCCACGUGACCGCCGACAUCUGUGGCAUGAAGCUGCCCUGGCUCUACGUGGGCAUGUGCUUCUCAUCAUUCUGCUGGCACAUAGAGGACCACUGGAGCUACUCCAUCAACUACCUACACUGGGGAGAGCCCAAGACGUGGUACGGUGCGCCGGGCUACGCAGCAGAGCAGUUGGAGGGGGUGAUGCAUAAGUUGGCACCAGAGCUCUUCGAGUCGCAACCCGACCUCCUACACCAGCUCGUCACCAUCAUGAACCCAAACACACUCAUGAGCUACGGAGUCCCGAUCUUCCGGACCAAUCAGUGUGCCGGAGAGUUUGUCAUCACCUUUCCCAGAGCCUAUCACAGUGGCUUCAACCAGGGAUUCAACUUCGCAGAGGCCGUCAACUUCUGCACCACAGACUGGAUGCCGCUCGGUCGUAAGUGUGUCGAGCACUACCGCUCCCUGAAUCGCUACUGCGUGUUCUCCCAUGACGAGCUGGUCUUCAACAUGGCGGCCAAAGCUGAGGAGCUGGAGCUGGAACUGGCAUCCGCCGUGCAGAGAGAACUCACACACAUCACCACCACAGAGAAGGAACUCAGAGAGGCCGUCUACAAGAGGGGUGUGUGGCAGUCUAAGCAGGUGGAUUAUGACACGUUGCCAGAUGAGGAGCGUCAGUGUGCGGAGUGUCGGACCACCUGUUUCCUCUCAGCUCUCACCUGCCCCUGUCGACCCUCACAGCUGGUCUGCCUGCAUCACACACACCUCCUCUGUUCCUGCACGCCCACGGGAUACACACUCAUGUACAAGUACACGCUGUCUGAGUUGAGUGGGUAUCUGCAGGCCGUGACUCUGAGGGCGUCCUCAUACGACGUCUGGACAACAAGCGUCACACACAUGCUACAAGCUACAGGGGACGACAGAACAGAUGUGGAUGAGUUCCGCAGUCGCCUGGCAGAGUCGGAGCGUAAGAGUUUCCCGGAGAGCGAUCUGCUACAGCGCCUCCGAGUGGCCAUACAGGAGGCUGACAGGAGUGCAGGCGCAGCACAACAGCUGCUGAACGGCAAGAGGCAGACCAGGUAUCGUUCAGGAGGAGGGAAAUGCCAGAACCAGGUGUCAGUGGAGGAACUCAAGGCCUUCGUUACACAGCUCUAUAAACUUCCCUGCAUUAUCAGACAGGCUCCCCUGCUCAAGGACAUGCUGUCUCGUGUGGAGGUGUUCCAGCGCAGCUGUGCGGAGGUGCUGGAGGCAGACCUAGACGCGGGAGGCGUGUCCGUGCCGCGUCUGCAAGCGCUGCUGGACGAGGGGGCGGGCUUUGAUGUCGAGCUGGGCGAACUUGGCGUGCUGCGCGAGCGUGUGGAACAGGCCCGCUGGGUCGCUGCGGUGACCGAGGCCUGUGCACACACGCACGCGGUCACGCGCACACACACGCUAACGCUGGACGGCAUGCGGCGGCUGAUCGACCAGGGGGUGGGGCUAGCGCCGCACGCCAGCGUGGAGAAACACAUGGCCAAGCUGCAGGAGCUACUCACCGUGGGAGAACACCAGGAGGAACGCGCACACACCCUGCUUAAAGCCAGGCCGCGUCAGAGUCUGUCUGUGCUGGAGGCUGCGGUGUUGGAGGCUGAGAGUGUUCCUGUCUUCCUGCCCAACUGCCUGCAGCUCAGCGAAGCCAUCAGCUGGGCACGAGACUGGCUACAAGAAGCAGACGCAUUACAGGUGGGUGGGCGUGUGCCGGUGCUUGGCUCUCUGUGCGAUCUGAUUGGUCGAGCCCGUGCCAUCCCAGUGGCCCUGGAGCCCGUCACUCGACUGGAGGGGCUGGUUGCCGAGGUUACAGCCUGGAGGGAGAGCGCCACCAAGACCUUCUUACCGCGUGACACACAGUACACACUGCUGGAGGUGUUGUGUCCCCUGUGUGAGUCUGCUGGGAGCUCCCAGAGGUCAAAGGUUAAGCGUGCGAAGGAAAAGGACUCCUUGUCGCCCCCUCUCAGGCGGCCGCGACUAGACUCCCUUAACGACCUGGAGAGAACACUGUCAGACACCAAGGACACCGCGUCAGCUAUGUCUACGCUGGACGAGGUGCGUGUGAAGGAGCUUGAGGGUGUGUUUGCUCUGCGCAGCGCUAACGACGCCAAGCUGGCGGCUAAUGCUAGUAACGGUAGCGGUGGCGUUGAUGAUGAUGAUGACAUCAGCUGCGACUCCUCUUCCUCCUCGCUGCCCCUGCGUGUGUGCGUGUGCCAGGGCGCCCCCUCUGGCGGCAUGCUGCAGUGCGAGCUGUGUCACGAGCUGCUCCACCGCGAAUGCCUCAGCCCCCAGGAGAGGCAGGACCCUGCGCCGGCAGGGUCAUCGUCAGGGUCCUCAUCGGGGCGUCCGUGGCUGUGUCCGCGGUGUCGUCGGUGUGAGCGUCCUCCUCUGGAGAGGGUUCUCCCCCUGCUGGCCAGCCUGCAGCGUAUCCGCGUCCGGCUGCCCGAGGGAGACGCCCUGCGCUUCCUCAUCGAGCGCACCGUCCAAUGGCAGCACCGCAUCCAGCAGCUGCCCUCGCCCGCCGUCCAAUGGCAGCACCGCAUGCUGCCCGCCCCCUCGCCGCACCACCGCAACGGGAACGGAUCAACGCAUGCCAACCACAACGGCAUAAAUGGGAGGCAUCAGUCUGGGAGGAGUCCGGGCCAUUCACCCUCAUCUGAUGACAACAGCAGCUACUACAUAGAGCAGCCCUGCAUCCUACCCAGCGGUGUAUCUAGUGAGGUAGAGCAGCUGGUGGUUGAGGGCCUGCUGCUCCAGGUGAGUCUACCUGAGCUGCAGCAGUUGCUCCUGACGAUGCAGACCCGCCUCUCCCCAACGCCAUCGGCCAAUCACGAUCACCUGUACCACGCAUCACUCGACAAGAGUCCGGCCCCCUCACACGGACAGGAUGUGACAUCACGCAGCAGGAAGGAAAGUGGCAGCGGAAGUGGUGGCGAGAAGCAGAGCAAGCGGCGCCUGGAGAAGGAGGAGAGAGGAGCGCAGGACGCCAAGAAACCUCAGAAGAAGAAGAAGACCCAGCAGCAGAAGGAGGAGCAGGAGAGGAGGAGAGAGGAGCGCAGAGAGGAGAAGAGGAGGAGGAGGGAGGAGAGGAAGAGGGAGAAGAGGAGGCAGGAGGAGGAGAGGAGGAGAGAAGAGCAGCAGAGGAGAGAAGAAGAGAGGAGAGAAGCGCGCAGCAGCACUGGCUCCUCCCCUCAGAGCUCUCUUGACCAAUCAGGAUCAGACGAGUCAGAAGAUGAGUUUGCACGCUGCGCCUACGCACGCUGUCAGCAGCCAGAAGGAGACGAGGUGAACUGGGUGCAGUGUGACGGCGGCUGUAACGAGUGGUUCCACCAGAUCUGUGUGGGCGUGUCCGUGGAGGAGGCGGAGCGAGACGACUACAUCUGCUCUCGAUGCUCAGGCUCCGCCCAC